AUGUCUGGUACUGGGACCAGCAGGUGUCCUACCUGGGAUGCAUACACGCAGGUAACUGUCGGAGCAGAGGGGGAAAAGACAGGCCCCUUGCGAGUCACCACUCGCCAGCCUCUGCCUGAUUGCUCGUGCGGCGGUGGCAGUGCCCUUGGGGUGUGCUCUCCCUGGCCCGUCAACGACGCAUCCAAGCGCACGCCUCAGGUUGGCGGGUCUCCUGUUGUCCCCUUGUCGCUUGCCUGCUCCAGUCUCUCCCCCGGACCGCUCGGCAGCUCGGCAAAGGAAUCGCAGCAGAGCCUCGACAAAGCCCACAACGCAAAAGCUACCACCAUUUGCCGUCCGCCUCCACACUCGCAGCUGUCGAUCAUGACCCAUGAUUUAUGCCCGCGGGAUCAGGCUGCUUGA